UGGGCGCCGCGCUCACGGGGACGCCUGAUUGCUGCGUGCCUCCCUCCUGGCCUCCCGCGGCCCGGGCGCCCGGCCGGCGGCGCGAUGCGGCGCAGCAAGGCCGACGUGGAGCGCUACAUCGCUUCGGUGCAGGGCUCGGCCCCGUCGCCCCGCGAGAAGUCAAUGAAAGGAUUCUAUUUUGCAAAAUUGUACUAUGAAGCUAAGGAAUAUGAUCUUGCUAAAAAGUACAUAUCUACAUAUAUUAAUGUGCAAGAAAGGGAUCCCAAAGCCCACAGAUUUCUCGGUCUUCUUUAUGAAGCAGAGGAAAACAUAGAAAAAGCUGUCGAAUGUUAUAAGCGUUCAGUGGAAUUAAAUCCAACACAGAAGGAUCUCGUGCUGAAGAUUGCAGAAUUGCUUUGUAAAAAUGAUGUUGCCGAUGGCAGAGCAAAAUACUGGGUUGAAAGAGCAGCUAAACUUUUCCCUGGAAGUACUGCAGUUUAUAAACUGAAGGAACAACUUUUAGAUUGUAAAGGUGAAGAUGGAUGGAAUAAACUUUUUGACUUGAUUCAGUCAGAACUUUAUGCACGACCUGAUGAUGUCCAUGUCAAUAUUCGUCUAGUAGAGCUGUAUCGUUCAAAUAGGAGACUGAAGGAUGCUGUGGCUCACUGCCAUGAGGCAGAGAGAAACAUAGCUUUGCGUUCAAGUUUAGAAUGGAAUUCAUGUGUUGUGAAGACUCUUAAAGAAUAUCUAGACUCUUCACAGUAUUUGGAAUCUGAUAAAAGUAACUGGCGAGCAACCAAUAAAGACUUACUUCUAGCCUAUGCUAACCUUAUGUUUCUUACGCUCUCUACUAGAGAUGUGCAAGAAAGUAGAGAAUUAUUGGAAAGCUUUGACAGUGCUCUUCAUUCUGUGAAAUCUUGUGUGUGUGGAAAUGAUGAACUCUCAGCUACUUUCUUAGAAAUAAAAGGACAUUUCUACAUGCAUGCUGGUUCUCUGCUUUUGAAGAUGGGCCAGCAUAGUGAUGUGCAGUGGCGAGCUCUCUCUGAGCUGGCCGCAUUGUGCUAUCUCUUAGCAUUUCAGGUUCCAAGACCAAAGGUUAAGUUAAUGAAAGGAGAAACUGGACAAAAUUUGCUGGAAAUAAUGGCCUUUGAUCGUCUGAGCCAAUCAGGGCACAUGCUGCUAAACUUAAGUCAUGAUAAGCAAGAUUUUUUAAAAGAAGUUAUGGAGUCCUUUGCCAAUAAAAGUGGUCAGUCAGCUUUAUAUGAUGCUUUAUUUUCGAGUCAGCCAUCUAAGGAUAGAUCUUUCCUUGGUAGCGAUGAUUUUGGAAACAUUGAUGGACAAGUACCAGAACUUGAUGAUUUGGCUAGAUACGAUCUUGGUGCCAUUCGAGCACAUAAUGGUAGUCUUCAGUACCUUACUUGGCUUGGCAUGCAGUGGAAUUCAUUGCCUUCUUUACCUGCAAUUCGAAAAUGGUUAAAACAGCUUUUUCAUCAUCUGCCUCAGGAAACCUCAAGACUUGAAACAAAUGCACCUGAAUCAUUAUGUAUUUUAGAUCUUGAAGUGUUUCUUCUUGGAGUAAUAUAUACUAGCCACUUACAAUUGAAGGAGAAAUCUAAUUCUCAUUGUAGCUUCUAUCAUCCAUUGUGCUUGCCACUUCCUGUAUGUAAACAGCUCUGUACAGAAAGACAAAAGUCUUGGUGGGAUGCUGUUUGUAAUCUAAUCCACAGAAAAGCAGUACCUGGAACUUCAGCGAAAUUGCGACUUCUAGUUCAGCAUGAUAUAAAUACUCUCAGGGCCCAGGAAAAGCAUGGCCUUCAACCUGCUCUUCUUGUACACUGGGCAGAAUACCUUCAGAAAACAGGCAGUGCUCUUAAUUCUUUUUAUGAUCAGCGGGAAUACAUAGGCAGGAGUGUUCAUUAUUGGAAAAAGGUUCUGCAGUUGUUGAAGACAAUAAAAAAGAAGAACAGUAUUCCUGAACCGAUUGACCCUCUGUUCAAACAUUUUCAUAGUGCAGACAUUCAGGCAUCUGAAAUUGGUGAAUAUGAAGAAGAAGCACACAUAACGUUUGCUAUUUUGGAUGCAGUUAAUGGAAAUAUAGAAGAUGCUAUGACUGCUUUUGAAUCUAUAAAAAAUGUUGUUUCUUAUUGGAAUCUUGCAUUGAUUUUUCACAGAAAAGCAGAGGACAUUGAAAAUGAUGCCCUCUCUCCUGAAGAACAAGAAGAAUGCAAAAAUUAUCUGCGGAAGACCAGGGACUACCUAAUAAAGAUACUAGAUAACAGUGACUCAGAUUUUUCAGUGGCCAAGAAAUUGCCUGUUCCCCUGGAGUCUGUAAAGGAAAUGCUUAAUUCAGUCAUGCAGGAACUGGAAGAUUAUAGUGAAGGUGGACCUCUGUGUAAAAAUGGUUCUUUGCGAAAUGCAGAUUCAGAAAUAAAACAUUCUACGCCAUCUCCCACUAAAUAUUCUCUGUCACCAAGCAAAAGUUACAAGUAUUCUCCCAAAACGCCACCUCGAUGGGCAGAAGAUCAAAAUUCUUUACUUAAAAUGAUCUGUCAACAGGUAGAGGCCAUUAAGAAAGAAAUGCAGGAGUUGAAACUAAAUAGCAGUAACUCAGGGUCCCCUCAUCGUUGGUCUACAGAAAAUUAUGGACCAGAUUCAAUGCCUGAUGGAUAUCAAGGAUCACAGAAUUUUCAUGGGGCUCCACUAACAGUUGCAACUACGGGCCCUUCAGUAUAUUAUAGUCAGUCACCAGCAUAUAAUUCCCAGUAUCUUCUCAGACCAGCAGCUAAUGUUACUCCCACAAAGGGUCCUCCAGUUUAUGGCAUGAAUAGGCUUCCACCUCAGCAGCAUAUUUAUGCAUAUUCACAACAGAUGAACACACCGCCAGUACAAAGUUCAUCUGCUUGUAUGUUCUCUCAAGAAAUGUAUGGGCCUCCACUGCGUUUUGAGUCUCCUGCAACUGGAAUUCUAUCACCCAGGGGUGAUGAUUACUUUAAUUACAAUGUUCAGCAGCCAAGCACAAAUCCACCUUUGCCAGAGCCAGGUUAUUUCACAAAACCUCCACUUGCAUCUCAUGCUUCAAGAUCUGCAGAAUCUAAGGUUAUGGAAUUUGGAAAGACUAAUUUUGUUCAGUCUGUGCCAGGUGACGGGAUAAGACCGUCUUUGACAGCACCUGCCCAUGCAACACAGCCAAUUCCUUUUAAAUUUAACUCAAAUUUUAAAUCAAAUGAUGGUGACUUCACAUUUUCCUCACCACAAGUUGUGACUCAACCCUCUUCUACGGGUUACAGUAAUAGCGAAAGCCUUUUAGGUCUCCUGACUUCAGAUAAACCAUUGCAAGGAGAUGGCUUCAGUGGCUCUAAGGCUGGAUAUACCACUGGGCCUCGAAAUACUUUCAACUUUGGAAGCAAAAGUAUGGCUGAAAUUUCAUUUUCUGAAAACAUGGGUUCAAAUCAGCAGAAGAACUCUGGUUUUAGUCGAAGUAAUGAUGAUGUGUUUACUUUCCAUGACCCAGGGAAGUCAGUAUUUGGAACACCUUCAGAACUGGCCAACAAGAGUCAUGAAACAGAUGGGGGAAGUGCCCACGGUGAUGAUGAUGAUGAUGGCCCUCACUUUGAGCCCGUGGUCCCACUUCCUGAUAAGAUUGAAGUAAAAACUGGUGAGGAAGAUGAAGAAGAAUUCUUCUGCAAUCGUGCAAAAUUGUUUCGUUUUGAUGUAGAAUCUAAAGAAUGGAAGGAACGUGGUAUUGGCAAUGUGAAGAUACUGAGGCAUAAAACAUCUGGUAAAAUUCGCCUUCUUAUGAGACGGGAACAAGUAUUGAAAAUUUGUGCGAAUCAUUACAUCAGUCCAGAUAUGAGACUUACUCCAAAUGCUGGAUCAGACAGAUCUUUUGUGUGGCAUGCCCUUGAUUAUGCUGAUGAAUUGCCCAAACCAGAACAACUUGCUAUUAGAUUCAAAACUCCCGAGGAAGCAACACUUUUUAAGUGCAAGUUUGAAGAGGCUCAGUGCAUUUUAAAAGCUACAGGAGCAAAUGCAUCCACAACGAAAAAUCAGGCUUUAAGAAUUGUAAAAGAAAUUACAAGUCAUGAUAGUAAGGAUAUCUGCAGAUCUGAUUCAGGAAACAUGAAUUUUGAAUUUCAGUUUACAAAGAAAGAAGGAUCUUGGUGGCAUUGUAACAGCUGCUCAUUAAAGAAUGCUGCGACUGCUAAGAAAUGUGUAUCAUGUCAAAAUGUAAACCCAAGCAAUAAAGAACUCCUUGGCUCAUCAUUAGUUGAAAAUGUUUCCACUGUUAAAAUGGGCCCAGAAAGCACUCCAGAGAGAUUUGCUUUGAUGUCUCCAAAGAAAGAAGGUCACUGGGAUUGUGAGAAUACCAAAUCUAACAAAAGUGGAUCUUCAUUUGUUCAGCAAGCUUCCUUUAAAUUUGGCCAGGGAGAUCUUCCUAAGUCUAUUAAUAGUGAUUUCAAAUCUGCUUUUUCUAUAAAGGAAGGACAGUGGGAUUGCAGUGAAUGCUUGGUACGAAAUGAAGGAACCUCUACAAAAUGUGUUGCCUGUCAGAAUGAAAGAAAACAGAAUUCACGUUCUGCUUCUAUUUCAGCACCCACUUUUAAGUUUGGUACUUCAGAGGUCAAUAAAACUCACAAGACUGGAUUUGAAGACAUGUUUGCUAAGAAGGAAGGACAAUGGGAUUGCAGUGAAUGCUUUGUACGAAAUGAAUCAACUGCUACAAAAUGUGUUGCUUGUCAGGCUCCAGGUCUAUCCAGUGCAUCUACUUCUACUGUUCCAACACCUGCUUUAUUUAAAUUUAGUACUUCAGAGACAAGUAAGGCCACAAAGAGUGGAUUUGAAGGACUCUUCAGUAAGAAGGAAGGACAGUGGGAUUGCAGCAUCUGUUUGUUAAGAAAUGAAGCAAGUGCUUCCAGAUGUGUUGCUUGUGAGAAUCCAAGUAAACAGAGUCCACCUACUUCUGCUGAUGUAACACCUGCCUCUUCAGAUGUAGUCAAAAUUUCAAAGAAUGGAUUUGAAGGGAUAUUCACCAAGAAGGAAGGGCAGUGGAACUGUAAUGAUUGCUUUGUACAGAAUGAGAGUUCUUCCUUAAAAUGUGUCGCUUGUGAUGCUUCUAAGCCAACUCAAAAACCAGCCACGGAAACUCCUUCAGCUUUCACGUUGGGCUCAAAAAUGAAGUUAAAUGAUUCUUCUGGAAGUCAGUUAGGAACAGGAUUUAAAACUAACUUUUCUGAAAAAUCUUUUAAAUUUGGUAAUACAGGACAAGGAUUUAAAUUUGGGCUUGCGGAUCAAGAAAAUAUACCUUCUUUUACGUUUCAGGGUUCUACAGAUUCUAAGUCAGUAAAAGAAGGCUUUAGUUUUUCUAUCCCGGCAUCUGCUGAUGGACUUAAAUUUGGCAUUCAGGAACUGGGAAAUCAAGAGAAGAAGAGUGAAAAAGCUCUUGAAAAUGACCCUGGUUUUCAUGCUCAGGAUGUUAGUGGUCAGAAGAACUGCAGUGGUGUAUUUUUUAGUCAAUCUGGUAGCUCUUUCACCUUUGCAGAUCUUGCAAAAUCAACUUCAGGUGAAGGAUUUCAGUUUGGCAAAAAAGACCCUAAUUUUAAGGGAUUUUCUGGGGCUGGAGAAAAACUGUUCUCCUCACAAAGUGGUAAAAUGAUGGAUAAAUCUGAUACUUCUGCUGAUCUUGAGAAAGAUGAUGAUACCUAUAAGACUGAAGAUAGUGAUGAUAUCCAUUUUGAACCAGUGGUUCAAAUGCCUGAAAAAGUAGAACUUGUUACAGGAGAAGAAGACGAAAAAGUUCUUUAUUCACAGCGGGUGAAAUUAUUUAGGUUUGAUGCUGAGAUAAGCCAGUGGAAAGAACGAGGUUUAGGGAAUUUAAAAAUUCUCAAAAAUGAAGUGAAUGGCAAACUAAGAAUGUUGAUGCGAAGAGAACAAGUACUGAAAGUCUGUGCUAAUCAUUGGAUAACAACUACGAUGAACUUGAAGCCUCUCUCUGGAUCAGAUAGAGCAUGGAUGUGGUUAGCUAGUGAUUUUUCUGAUGGUGAUGCUAAACUAGAGCAACUGGCAGCCAAAUUUAAAACACCAGAGCUAGCUGAAGAAUUUAAGCAGAAAUUUGAGGAAUGCCAGCGACUUCUGUUAGAUAUACCGCUUCAAACUCCUCAUAAACUUGUGGAUACUGGCAGAGCUGCUAAGUUAAUACAGAGAGCUGAAGAAAUGAAGAGUGGUCUGAAAGACUUCAAAACAUUUUUGACAAAUGAUCAAACAAAAGUCACUGAUGAGGAGAAUAAGAGUACAGGUGCAGGUGCUGCUAGUGCUUUAGAUACACCCACCAAAUCAAAUCCUGAAAACACAGGACCUACAUUAGAAUGGGAUAACUAUGAUUUAAGAGAAGAUGCUUUAGAUGACAGUGUAAGUAGUAGCUCAAUACAUGCUUCUCCAUUGGCAAGUAGCCCUGUGAGAAAAAAUCUAUUCCGCUUUGGUGAGUCCACAACAGGAUUUAACUUCAGUUUUAAGUCCGCUCUGAGUCCAUCUAAGUCUCCUGCCAAAUUAAAUCAGAGUGGAACCUCAGUUGGUACUGAUGAAGAAUCAGAUAUUACUCAAGAAGAAGAGAGAGAUGGACAGUAUUUUGAGCCCGUUGUGCCACUACCUGAUCUAGUUGAAGUGUCCAGUGGUGAGGAAAAUGAACAAGUUGUUUUUAGUCACAGAGCAAAACUCUAUAGAUAUGAUAAAGAUGUCGGUCAAUGGAAAGAAAGGGGCAUUGGGGAUAUUAAAAUUUUACAGAAUUAUGAUAAUAAGCAAGUUCGCAUAGUGAUGAGAAGGGACCAAGUACUAAAACUUUGUGCCAAUCACAGAAUAACUCCAGACAUGACUUUGCAAAAUAUGAAAGGGACAGAAAGAGUGUGGGUAUGGACUGCUUGUGAUUUUGCAGAUGGAGAAAGAAAAAUAGAACAUUUAGCUGUUCGUUUUAAACUGCAGGAUGUUGCAGACUCAUUUAAGAAGAUAUUUGACGAAGCAAAACUAGCCCAAGAGAAAGAUUCUUUGAUCACACCUCAUGUGUCUCGUUUGGUUACUCCCAGAGAGUCACCAUGUGGCAAAAUUGCUGUUGCUGUAUUAGAAGAAACCACAAGAGAAAGGACAGACUUGAUUCAGAGUGAUGAGACAGCAGAUGUAACCCCAGACGUUGAAGUCUCUAGCACAUCUGAAACAAAAGCAGUGGUUUCUCCUCCAAAAUUUGUAUUUGGUUCAGAAUCUGUUAAGAGCAUUUUUAGUAGUGAAAAAUCAAAACCAUUUGCAUUUGGUAACAGUUCAGCUACUGGAUCUUUGUUUGGAUUUAGUUUUAAUGCACCUUUGAAAAGUGACAGUAUUGAAACGUGUUCAGUCCAGAGUGGACCUGAAAGAAACUUGGUACUGAAUGAUCAUGAGAAAUCAGAAAACUCAGAUGGCCGAGUAUCUUCAGAGGUCAAAGGAAAGAAUUUCUUUGCUUUUCCAAAAGAAGAGACCUUAACAAACUAUCCAUGUAAUGUACAAGAAAAAGCAAAAGAGAAGGAAAAACCUGAAGAUGAUGAUGAUGUUCUCAUUAUAUAUGAAUUAACCCCGACCCCUGAGCAAAAAAUUCUUGCCAACAAACUUAAACUUCCUCCAACUUUUUUCUGCUAUAAGAAUAGACCAGAUUAUGUUAGUGAAGAGGAGGAGGAUGGUGAAGAUUUUGAAACAGCUGUCAAGAAACUCAAUGGAAAAUUAUAUCUAGAUGACUCAGAAAAAAGUAGACCCUUAGAAGAAAAUCUUGCAGAUAGUGAAAAAGAAUGUGUCAUUGUAUGGGAAAAGAAACCAACAAUUGAAGAGAAGGCAAAAGCAGAUACGUUAAAGCUUCCACCUACAUUUUUUUGUGGAGUCUGCAGUGAUACUGAUGAGGACAAUGGAAAUGGGGAAGACUUUCAGUCAGAGCUUGAAAAAGUUCAGGAAGCUCAAAAGUCCCAGACUGAUGAAAUAACUAGCUUGGUUGACAGUGUGCACACUGGUGGAACUAAAGUGGCAGUACCAGUUUUAUGUAAAUCUGAAGAACCUGGUUUAACUACCAAUCCUAUCAGCUUGUCUCUUAUUUCUUCUGGAACUGUAGAUAAACCUGUAGAUUUGUCUACUAGAAAGGAAAAUGAAACAGAUUCUACAAGCCAAGGGGAAAAGAAAGCAAUUUCAUUUGGAUUUGGAAGUAGCACAGGGCUGUCAUUUGCAGACCUGGCUUCCAGUAAUUCUGGGGAUUUUGCUUUUGGUUCUAAAGAUAAAAAUUUCCAGUGGGCCAAUACUGGAGCAACUGUAUUUGGAACACAGGCAACCGGUACAGUUGGUGAAAAUGAAGAUGGUAGUGAUGAAGAAGUAGUUCAUAAUGAAGAUAUCCAUUUUGAACCAAUAGUAUCAUUACCAGAGGUAGAAGUAAAAUCUGGAGAAGAAGACGAAGAAAUUUUGUUUAAAGAACGAGCCAAACUCUAUAGAUGGGAUCGAGAUGUCAGUCAGUGGAAAGAACGUGGUGUUGGAGAUAUAAAAAUUCUUUGGCAUAUGAUGAAGAAUUAUUACCGGAUCCUAAUGAGAAGAGAUCAGGUCUUUAAAGUUUGUGCAAACCAUGUUAUUACCAAAACAAUGGAAUUAAAGCCCUUAAAUGUUUCGAACAAUGCUUUAGUUUGGACUGCUUCAGAUUAUGCUGAUGGAGAAGCAAAGGUGGAACAGCUUGCAGUGAGAUUUAAAACAAAAGAAAUGGCAGAAUGUUUUAAGAAAAAGUUUGAAGAAUGCCAACAGAAUUUAUUGAAACAAGGGCAGGUAUCUCUGACAGCAGAAUUAUCAAAGGAGACAAAUCCUGUGGUGUUUUUUGAUGUUUGUGCAGAUGAUGAACCUUUAGGACGUAUAACCAUGGAAUUACUUUCUAACAUUGUUCCUCAAACUGCUGAGAACUUCCGAGCACUUUGCACUGGAGAGAAGGGUUUUGGUUUCAAGAACUCUAUUUUUCACAGAGUAGUGCCAGAUUUUGUUUGCCAGGGGGGAGAUAUCACCAAGCAUAAUGGAACAGGAGGACGGUCCAUUUAUGGAGAAAAAUUUGAAGAUGAAAAUUUUAUUGUGAAGCAUACUGGUCCUGGAUUACUAUCAAUGGCUAAUAAAGGCCGGGAUACAAAUAAUUCUCAAUUUUUUAUAACACUGAAAAAAACAGAACAUUUGGACUCUAAGCAUGUAGUGUUUGGGUUUGUUAAGGAUGGCAUGGAAACUGUGAAAAAAAUAGAAUCAUUUGGUUCUCCUGAAGGGUCUGUUAAUCGACGAAUUAUUAUCACAGAAUGUGGACAAAUAUAAAAAUCAUUGCUUUUUAUAGUAAAUUUUACCUUUUAUGAGCAGUUGAUGCUUAGCUGUUAAGACAGUAUGGUAAUUAUGUUCAGCUUAUGAAAAUGGACGUUUCCAGUGUAUAAAUGUUAAAUUGCAGCUUAUAGCUGUUGUCACUUUUUAAUGUGUUAUAUUUGACUUUGCAUGGUGUGAAAUAAAAGUUUAACACUGGUGUAUUUCAGGUGUACUUGUGUUUGUGUACUCCUGACAUAUCUGUAUUAAAAUGAAAUAAUACUAGUCUUUUUAAAAGCAAUAGUCUUAAACUAUUGAAGGAAUAUGAUAUAUGCAAUUUGCUUUUAACUUAGCAUACUGAAUUUCCUGCAUGGACAUGCUUAGUGUUUUGAAAAAGGGACCACAAUUUGGAUAAUUAUAAUUUUAGAUUUGAAAUAUAUUUGGUAAUUUUAACUAUUAAUGUGCUUAUUUAUGAAUACUCAUUAUGAAUGAAUAAGUCACAGAGGAUAGAGGCUUAACCAAAGUGCUCUUCUAUAAUCCUUGCACCUCCUGUAUAGUUAAAUUAACUUUUAAGCAGAGUAUCUUCUAUUCUUAAGAUAUGUAGCUUCCUGUGCCCUUUCAAAGGUAUUAAAUUUUUACAUUUUAGACAAGUUGAGGAUUAGAUUUUUUUUAAACUUCUCUGUCAUGUUUCUACUACCUCAAACUGCAGCGUGGUUCUGAUAGAACUUGAAAUUUCCCUUGCAGUGAUUGUGAUAAAGUAUGAAUAUUUUAAGAUCUAUACCCAUGUUCUUUGGUUAAAGAUUUGCUUUAUACUAGAUUGUUGCAGUACCUUUUUUUCUGGUGAAUUUUGUAGCAAAAAAUAAAGUGAUGAUUGUUAAUAGCCAUGA